CUCUCUCUCUCUCUCUCUCAUUACUACUGUAUUAUUCUAGUUGGGAAGAGAGAGGUUGUGGUGUCAAAAUGCCGUUAUCCAGAGCCCCAACCGCCUCUAGGCUUCCCAUCGCAAUCCCUUCUCUACCGAUUCCAGAGGAUUUCAAUUGUAGAAGCUUCAAGAUGGAAAGGGGUAUGAACUUAUGCAACCGGAAAAUUGCAGAAUACAAGAAAUCUAGAAAGCUUGAUUUUGUGACCCAUGUUGUUUACGGCAACAGUGAUGAUUCAGUUGGAAUUGAUGUUCCAUUUCCUAAUGAUUAUUCAGAACUUCUUGAGCAAGCAAAAGAAGCCACUGAAUUGGCUUUGAAGGAUAAUAAACAGUUGAUGGAGAUUGAAUUUCCAACUGCUGGACUUGAAUCUGUACCAGGUGAUGCUGAAGGUGGUACAGAAAUGACUGGAAGUAUGCAAUUGAUUCGUGAGUUUUGCGACCUCUUCGUCAUUCCUGAAAAGGCUACACGGACCAGAAUAUUUUUCCCAGAGGCUAAUGAGGUUAAAUUUGCAAGACAAUCAGUUUUUGGAGGAGCUUCAUUUAAGUUGGACUAUCUCACAAAGCCAUCAUUCCUUGAGGAUUUUGGUUUUGUCUCAAAAGUUAAAAUGGCUGACCGCGUGAAGCCAGAAGAUGAAAUGUUCCUCGUUGCCUAUCCAUAUUAUAACGUCAAUGAGAUGCUUGUUGUGGAAGAGCUUUACAAUGAAGCUGUUGCAAAGACCACCCGGAAACUGAUUAUCUUCAAUGGAGAACUUGACCGCAUCAGAUCAGGGUAUUAUCCACCGUUCUUUUACCCAAAGCUUGCAGCACUUGCUACGACACUGUUUCCAAAGAUGGAGACUGUGUAUUACAUUCAUAAUUUUAAAGGAACCAGGGGAGGAACCCUUUUCAGGUGCUAUCCUGGUCCAUGGAAGGUACUCAGAAAAGUAAGAGGUAAAUAUGUUUGCUUACAUAAGCAGGGAGUGAUGCCGUCACUUAAAGAAGUUGCCUUGGAUAUUCUUCCAUCGGCCUGAACAUUCAGAAAAGAAAAUGGGUGACAUAUUUUUCCAUUAAUAGUUCGGUGACUUCUGUCAGAACAAAGAACCAAAAAUUCCUACGGCAUCUUUGUUGAAAAGGUACUCGGAAUGCAGAAGGCAGUUUCUGACCCUUGAUUGUUUGAGAUCAUACUUUACAAUGACAUCUUAAUAUGGCUUGCAUGAUGAAAGAUCACAACCUGGUUACUUCUGAUUGAUGAUUCCUGGUUUACUGUUUUUUUCUUUUGUCAUUUUCCUCCCCAAACUGCAUUUUACUACCAAUCCCCUGGGUCUUUUUCUUUUUAAAUUUCCAGAACCUCUAUAAGCUCUCUUCCAAGUGUGUUCCAUAAUAUAUAUUGCAGCAGAGGCCGUUUAGUGGUUCGUAGGAAGUUUGGGAUUUGCAUAUUUCUACAUUAGGGGUUUUUGAAAAGCUUCGAGUUUGCAUCCAUGUCAUGAAGGUGAUCCGAGUAAUUGUUCAAGUUGUUAUCUAUGUAUUUUGAUUUUCCAGCUUCCGUGGCUUUAAAUUUUGUGAGACUAUCAGUUUCUUGUAUAUUGGGCGCAGAUACAGAAUGCAAGUAUAGUUUGUUUCAUUAUGGAGAAAAAAAGGUGCAUUGUGCAUUAGAACAUUUAUGGUUACA